AUGGUAUCCCUGGGUAAAGAUGGCGUUGAAUUGAGAAAUUUUAAGCAAAGUUAUUUCACUACCGAUGUAAAUGUCAAAUCUAAAAACAAUUUUGAGUCUAAUUAGGAAAAAUGUCAUGUAAAAUUGGAGCAAGAGUUGAAAUUGUUGGAAAAGAUUGUCAAGGAUGUAUUGCUUAUAUAGGCCACCCGUCUUUCGCGACAGGGAAAUGGAUUGGAGUGAUAUUGGAUGAGCCAAAAGGGAAAAACAAUGGAACAGUUAAAGGUCAAUCGUACUUUAAGUGUUCCGAAAAUCAUGGAAUGUUCGUCCGCCAAAGUCAGUUGAUAAUUCUUGAUGACUCAGGAAACAAAGUAGACACAGGCCUGUCAACCAGUACUAAUAUUUCUACUCCAGAUGAAGCUGGUGCUGCUAGGGCUCGCAGCCGACUUACCAGCACAAGUGUACGUAGAAGAAAUGAAUCAUCUGUUUCUCGUUUGUCAUUAACUGGCAGUCGAACACAAUUGAGUUUUCCCAGCCCAGAAAGUUCAGCAGGAUCACAACAUGAACGUAAAGAGACUAGUGAAUCCGGAAUACCUGUUCCUACUACAAUUAAACGUGCCUCUUUUGUUGAGAAAUCCCCUAGCAAGAGUUUGUCUCCUGGCAAAAAGCCAAAGGCUGAAGAUGAUCGCAAUAAUACCGGUUUUGUGGAGACACUGAAACCAAAUUUUGUACCUGGGCAAGUCAUGGCCGGUUCGAUAUCUUCAACUUUGGGAUCAUCAGGUUUCGGGUCAAAUACCGUAGAAGAAAAACUCAGUCAUUUGCAAUUAGUACAGGAAAAUGACAACUUGAAAGCUCAGGUAAAUGAUCUUAAUGAAAAAGUUGAAACUUUACGGGUUAAAAGAAUGCAAGACAAAGAAAAGAUGAAGGAGUUUGAGAAAACAAAACUUCAAGUCGAGCAACUGUUGGAAUUCAAAUCUAAAGUGAUGGAAAGUCAAGCAAGUCUUCAAAGAGAACUCCAACGUACUAGGCAAGAGUUACGUGAAACGCAGCUAGCAAAAAGUACUUAUCAAGAAGAAAUGGCUGAUCUUGCGGAAACGGUUGAAAUGGCGACGCUGGAUAAAGAAAUGGCCGAAGAAAAAGCCGAGACUCUGCAAAUUGAAUUGGAACAAUUGAAAGAAAAACUAGAGGAAAAGACACUCGAUCUAGAAAUUUUACGUAACGAAAUGUCUGAACAGAUUAGCGGAAGUAGUGCGUCUGGUGGGAAAGGACUUUCAUCGUAUGAAAUGAAACAGUUAGAACAGCAAAAUAUUCGACUCAAAGAAACUUUGGUAAAAAUGCGAGAUUUGUCGGCCCAUGAAAAACACGAGUUUCAAAAAAUUCAAAAAGAUCUCGAUCAAAAGAAAUCUGAAAUAUUGGAAUUGGGAAGAACUAAAGAGAAGUUAUCUGCUAGGGUUGAAGAAAUGGAACAUCAAAUAGCAGAUCUACAAGAACAGGUUGAUGCAGCUUUAGGCGCUGAAGAAAUGGUUGAAAUGCUUGGUGAAAAAAAAAUGCUCCUUGAAGAACGAGUUAAUGAUUUAGAAGAAGCAGUUGCUGAUUUAGAAGCUCUUCAAGAUAUGUCUGAUCAAUUGGCAGAAUCUUCAAAAGAAUUAGAGCUUGAACUUCGAGAAGAAUUGGAUUUGGCAUUAGGUUCAGCUCGAGAUGCACAGCGGCAUCGCGAUGCUGCAUUAGAAACUCUAGCAGAUCGUGAAUUGACCAUCGCCAAAUUUAGAGAACUUACUAACCGUUUACAAGAACAGUAUCAACAGUUACAAAACCGUAUGCAGUCAACUGAAUCCGUAUACUCGGGUACUCGAGGAACUGAUCAACAACUCGCUGAAAUUUUGGACUUCCAAAAGACAUUUGCAGAAACUCGUGCCCAAACUAAAGCAGUCGAUCUUGAAUUACGUCGCUUAGACAUUGAGGAAGCUCGCACUCAUGUUAAAUAUUUACUUCUAUUUAUGCCACCAGCUUUUCUAACUCGAGGAGGUGAUCAUGAUGCGAUAAUGACACUUCUUCUGAUUCCUAGAAUGAUUCAAAAAACUGAAAUUUUAAUUUCACAAAUGAGGGAUAAAUAUCAAACUGUUGAUAAUGUUGAUAGAUCUUCAUUAGUAAAAGGCCACUUGGUCGCACAGUACAUAUUCAGAUCUUCUCUUUGUGGUCAUAUCUAUGCUUUGCAAACAGUGCUUGGCGCUUUCGAGUCAACUCUUAACGUCUGCUCACCAGAAACUUUGUUGAAAGUCGGUGCCGCGUAUCCAGAGAUGGUGGCCCAAGAGAAAGCUGUAGACUCAUUAAUUUAUCUUGCUAAGAAAGAUCAAUUAGAUGAAAACGUUUCAACGGAAGCUAUAGAAAAAUGCUGCGUUUAUUUCGGAACCAUGUUUUCUGUUCUGUUUGAUGAUAGUUCGGUGGCCAAUCAACCGAAAAUGGUCGUCAAUGGAACGAAAACACUUGGAAAUAUUUGUGAUGCUUUGACUGUAGAAGCAAUUUCUAUCAAGACACUUUUAGACGGCGACGGUGGUGAUAUUGGCCUUUUGUGUCAACACAUUGAAACAACUUGCGAAGUUAUCCAACAACAUUUGAGUUCAGCAAGAAGGCGCGUUCCUCGUGAUCAAAUAUCUAGUAGUGGAACAUGCGCUGCUAUAAAUUUAGGGCUAGACAAAGAUUGGCUUCGUCAGUUUGUUAAUUGCUAUCAAAAUGCUGUCAAAGUCACUAAAACACUUCAAGAUUUAUUAAAGAGUGCAAUCCAAACAAUUAUUGCCAAUGGAGACUUAGAUCACGGCAUCAAUGCACAUAAAUUUAAAGAAAUGGCUGCAAUGUCGAGUGAAAAAAUUUAUGACACUGAUGAUUUAGGGCCGAUUUCAACAUUAAAAUCAAGCUUAGUAAUUGUCCAACAAAUGGCAGCUGAUUUGGCUCAGAAAAUGGUAGAGUGUGAGAAUGAAAUAAUAACAGUUCGACAGACGUCAGUUAAUCAAUCAUCAGCAAUUGAUGGAAACCCAGAAAGUGCAUCUCCAAUCAGCUUACGAGCUCAGACUACUCGAAAAGAAUUUGAAGAAACGAAGAAUCUCGCAAGAAAAUUAGAGACAAAAGAUGUUGAUAUACGGGAAGUAAAACUGGCGCUCCGUGAGAAACAAGAAGAACUUUCAGAGAUGUUGUUAAGAAAAGAAUUGGCUGAAAAACGUCUCGCAAAUCAACAACAUGAUCACGAGCUUACUGUUGAAAAGCUCAAAAGAAAGUUAGAAGAAGCCUUGAAUCAAUUGAAACGCAAAGAAAAAGAAUUCGAAGAAACUAUGGAUCACUUGCAGACGGACAUCGAUAGUCUCGAAUCUGAGAAAGGUCAAUUGAAAGAGAAGUUAAAAUCUCUUGGUAAAAAGGUCACAACACCUGUAGUUGGAAUCCCUUCACCAGGCGGUAGGUCAGACAAUAACUUCUUGUCUGGAAGCAAUGAAAAUAAUCUUAUGUCGGGAGUUCCAAUCGCUUUUGACAACAGAUUAUUAGUGCAAGAGAUUUCAGCAUUAAAAGAAGCCCUGGUAAAUGAAAACCGAUUGAAAAGUAAACUUAUAGCAGAAUCGCUUAAGAAAAAAAUGAAUGAUUUGAAUCCUCUUUCUAAGCCUUUCGCGCAUGAGUAUUCUGAUUCCAGUAUCGAAUCAUUACAAGAAAAACGGCUUGAGUUGCUCAAGGACCUGCACAACAUUAUGUUAUAUAAUGCGAUUCCAGACUUGAGUAAGAACUCACAAUCUGACACGAAAAAUAUUAUACUUGAAAAAUCAACUCCUGCAUAUGAAUUCAUAAAACGUAAACUACUUCUAAAAGAGUUGACUGAACGCAUGCAGAAUCUAACGAAUGAAGUUUAUCAAACAAGUGUAACAAAGGCAAUGGGCGCAAGAGUUUCGACAAACUUUUCAGUAUUUCCCAGCCGUAAAAUGGUUUCCGCAAUGCAAGAGAAAAAUAGUGUACUUGCAGCCCAAGUAAAUAUCCCAUGCUCUGGACCAAGUCAAGUACAUAAUAUCAAAAUAGGUACCGAAGACUUACGAAAAGUCCAUUCACUUCUAUGUUAUUGAUGAAUAUUUAUUAUUAUACUCUUAUACCGAAGAAAUAUUACAAUACUUGAUCUUAGAUGCUGUUAUUAUUAUUAAUUAUUUAUUUAAAAUAGACCUUAAAAUUUUUUUGAGUUUUAAAUUUUUAUGGAAACUAAUUAAUUUUUAAGGCGACUUUAUAUUUUUUGAAAACAAAUAAAUGUAUCAUAAAUAAUAUUUCAUAUUUUACUUGAUAUUUAAUACUGUCAUGUAAUCAUCACCCGAUCACUCCAUGUAUUUAUGUCUAUAUUCAGUAAAUAUAUAUAUACAAAUAUGAGUGUUCGGGUACUAGUUCCCUGAUCGAGUCGAAAUUUUUGGCAUCGAAAUCUCCAGACAAAUAAACCGAUUUUGAUUUGAAAAUCGACGCGGAUUAUAGAGUUCUGAAGAUGAAAUGAGGCACAGGACAAACACGAUUGAUCAGCCGAGAGAUGUCAGCCCUUGCCUUCGCAGUCAACUUCACUCUUGUCUGAAAUCGUCGUGUUUCAUCCCUUGUCACACAAUUUACUAUUUACUAUUGUAAUUUUGAUCCUGGAUUGAAAUUUACCAGGAUGGCAAAAGAUUCCUUUAUAAAUUUUAGUUAUAAUGCAAAAUAUUCUAGCACUCGUAUUAUAGAUACAAUACCGGUAAUACUUAAUAAAAGAAAACACUUUAUAAAUAAAAAAUACAUCACUUGCUUCAUUAUAAGUAAUUAUUGCUUAUGAUUAUUGUAAUAAAAAAAAGGUAUGAUUAUUAUUGUUUUUCAAGAAAGAAAAAGUUUUUAUUCUAUUGAAACAUUUCAUGUUUUUAUAAAAUUUUAAAUUUAAUUUAUAAAUAAUGAAAUGAAUGAAAAGAUGAGUUUGAAGACUUUAACUCAUAUUAAUUUCUAGCUUAUAAAUAAAAAAAAAAUUGUAUAUAUAUUUUAAUAUUAACGUAACAGUGAGACAAAAAACAAGAAGAAUGCGAGAUAAAUGAAAAUAAUACAGAAAGAUAAGGAAAAAAUAUGUAAAUAUAUCAAAUAUUCUAUGCCAAAUUAGAUACCAUUCAGAAAUUCAUUUUUCAUUGCACCCGAAAUUCUUACACUAUGUCGGUAACAUCAAUUGACGUUCUUGAUUCAAGAAAUUUUUUUAAAACCUCAAUUUUCUUGGAUCAAGUAGAAAUUUACUCUGACCAAGACUAAUUCUCUUGGCUCAAGAAAAUCUUGACCUGGUUUCCAAAAACGUUUGUCUUCCAAAAUAUUUUCUUGACUCAAGAUAACUUUUUUUCUGCCUAUGAUUAUUUUUAAAUUUAUAAUAAAUAAAUAUUCUGAUAAAACUUAUCCGUAACCGAACUAACAGUCAUUUUUUUUGUUGGGAAGAAACCGAUUUUCUGUCCUGUUGACUCUCAUUAAACUGAAAUUUUCCUAGAGAUUAAAACUUGCAGUUUCAAUGCACAGUAUAAAAAAAAUAAUUUUAAGAAUUAUGUCUCUUAUGGUUAAUUUGACUCACGACAGUUUUAACUUGUUUUCUACGGCAGGUUUCGCUUUCUCCUAUGAAAAUUCGAAUGUAAACUAAACUGUUUUGGAGUUGUUUUGAGUGCAGCAAAACUAAGACGAGUAUGGUAAAUAAAUGUACUUAGAAGCGCUACCAGACCGAACUUACCACAGUAUUAGCUCGGGAAAUUAUCCUCAGUUUAUAAAAUUUAAAAAAAAAUCCCUGAGAAUUUCUCGAUUGGAUCACUUACUAGUUAUGAAAUGGGCAAAAGUUGAUUGGAAACAAAAAACAAAAAUUACUUAUUACAUUUAUUCUGACAGAAACGAUUUAAACAUAAAUAUCAAAAAUUAAAAAUACAAAAUAAUUUUAGACAUAUUUUUUUUAGGUACUUCGAAAAACUGAUAUUUUGAAGUUCACAUUUCAUAACUAAUUACAUGAAGUACACAGAAAAAAAAUAUUUCUUACAAGAAAUUUUUUCUCGCCCCAAGAAUUUUUUUUUUUUAUUUUAUAAUGCAAAAAAUUUCUUAGGUCAAGUAAAAAUUUCUAGUGUCAAAAAAUAAUUUUUUUCUGUGCAAAAAAAAAAAUGGAAAUAUUUUCAAUGUAUACUGCAAUGCAGAAAACUCCAGCGUAAUGAAAAAAAGUAAAUUUCAAAAAAAUUUUCUAUUUGGCAUAGACUACCCAUAUAUAUACACAUAUAUACAUAUAUUUAUAUAUAUAUCUAUAUAUGUAUAUUAGUAAUUAUGUAAUAAUGAAAUAAUAUCAGUGAAGAAGUCUUACAACUUUUUUUAAUAAUUAUUAUUUAAUCGAUAAACCUUAAAUCUAUCCGUUAUCCAUUGAUUGUUUGAAUAAAACAAACCUAAUGGUUUGCUUAAUUCGUUUAUUUACUUAUUUAGUAUUAUCUCUAAAUCGUCCUUGAAUGAUCUUCUCAAAUCUUAAUGAGUCGCUCGCACUUGAGACUCGGGCUCGCACGGUUGUUCGUUGGGUUAAUUGGGUUAUGUAUCAUGAUUGAGAUACCACAUUGAUCGCUUUCGGGUUUGGUGCUAUCACGGAGUUAGUGUUUUAAGGCGCUCC